UCCGAGCAUAACUCAGCCACAGUGAUGUGUAUUACAAUAGCAGGUUAUUGACAACGUCGCUGCGCAAGGAGAGGAAAUAGAAUCGUUAUGAGAUGCUUUAGAAAUGGAAUACUGUCUUCUUUUUACCACUGAGAAGAGUGUGUCUCGCGUUGUUAUGUAGCAAUCUUGUCGUAUUUGUCAUUUUAAAUUCACCCAAUUGUUUUUAACUGUAGUUCCAGAAGGUUACUUCCAAUCUCCUCUGAAACCAGCUGUCGCAUGUCGUAUAAUGUACUUUAUAACAAAGUCGUGUUGGAGGUCUUUAUCGGUAGGCUUACCUGUUGUGUAUGAUAGAGCGUAACGUUAUCCACUAUGGAAUUGCAUUGAUACAGGCGCGUCAUUACUGGGGGCAUACUGUAGGCUAUCAGUUGGUUUGCUGUCUACAGCGAUUCUGCCUUUAGGCUGAGCAAGUUGACAGGCUUGUCUGCGACGACGCCAGAGCAAGUUAUUAGAGAAGCCUAGAGAAAAAUAUUGGGAAGGAAUACAAUGACUAUGUCAGUACCUGAGAGGAAUUCGGGCUCUGAGGGCAAGGAAGAAGAGAGUGAGGAUGAAAGUGAAAUCCUGGAAGAGAGCCCAUGUGGACGCUGGCAAAAAAGAAAGGAUAAGGUGAGCCAGGGUAAUGUCCCGGGCUCAGAGAGUGCCUUCCUCGCCAUGGAUACCGAGGAGGGAGUGGAGGUGGUGUGGAAUGAGGUGUUCUUCUCAGACAGGAAGGUCCUCAAAGCUCUGGAGGACAAGAUUAAAGAGAUGUUUGAGAACCUAAUGCAAGUGGAACAUCCCAACAUAGUCAAGUUCCACAAGUACUGGCUGGACACGAAAGAUAACCAUGCUCGAGUUGUGUUUAUCACAGAGUACAUGUCCUCGGGCAGCCUGAAACAGUUUCUCAAGAAAACCAAGAAAAAUCACAAGACCAUGAAUGUCAAGGCGUGGAAACGGUGGUGCACUCAGAUCCUGUCAGCCCUCAGCUACCUCCACUCAUGUGAUCCCCCAAUUAUCCAUGGCAACUUGACUUGUGACACCAUUUUCAUUCAGCACAAUGGGCUUCUCAAGAUUGGCUCAGUGUGGCAUCGGCUGUUUGUGAAUGUGAUCCCGGAGGCCAGUGUCCACGGCAAGAUGCGGCACCAGCGGGACGAGAAGCGCAACCUGCAUUUCUUCUCCCCGGAAUAUGGCUCGGGGGAGGAUGACUACGCCAUCGACAUUUUCUCCUUUGGGAUCUGUGCUUUGGAGAUGGCUGUGCUGGAAAUCCAAGCUAACGGAGACGCUGUUGUAUCCAAGGAGGCCAUAACCAAUGCUGGUCAAUCGCUAGAGGACCCCCUAAUGAGAGAGUUCACGCAGUCGUGUCUGAGGUACGAAGCCACCGACAGGCCCACGGCCCACGACCUGCUGUUCCACCGCGUGCUCUUCGAGGUCCACUCGCUCAAACUGCUGGCCGCCCACUGCCUCAUCAGCAACCAGUACUUGCUCCCUGAGAACUGUUUGGAGGAGAAGACAAAGUCGAUUGACCCAAAUUCUGUCAUGGCUGAGAUUUCUCAUGGAGACCGACCUGGGGUACAGCUGAAGUACUCUCACGUGUCUUCGCUGGAGCUUGAUAAAUUCCUUGAGGAUGUGAAAAACGGGAUAUACCCCUUGAUGAAUUUCGCCUCCACCAAACCCCACCCUGUGCCCCGCGCCCUCUCCAUGUCCCAGGAGCAGGUGGAGACCUCCAAAACCCCGACUCCUGAGCCGCAGGAGACCGAGAACAGGAAGGUGCUGCAGAUGCACUGCAACCUGGAAUCUAACGAUGAAGGGACCAAAACUCAUCUUUCCCUGUUUCUCAAAAUGGAGGACAAGUUACAUCGGCAACUCAGCUGUGAUAUCCUGCCAACUGACAGCUCCAGAGACCUGGUCAAUGAGCUGGUUCACUAUGCCUUCAUCAGUGAGGAGGAUGGUGAGAGGAUGGUGGCAUUUCUGGAGGAUGCGUUAAGUCGCCACAGAGGAUCCCUGAUGGCGUCUGGGGUGACUGGCACAGUGACCCAGGGGAGAUAGAUAGGGCGCUGUGGAGUAGCCUGCCCACUGGGGGAGGGGGGAUCCAUGGAGACAGACGUGCCUGUUCGGCUGAAGAGGGAGAGGCUUUAUGAAGAGGAUCAUGAGGAGGAGGGAUAGGAGAGCAGAGCACAGAGUCCAAGUGUCACGCACGCAGACAGAGGGAUUGAUUCAUCAGUGAGAAGAUAAGCCUCAUAAGCAGGAGAGUGAGUGAGUGAGAGAGAGAGAGAUAGAGAGAGAGAGAGAGUGAGAGAGGGAGAGCGAGAGAGAGAGAGAGAACAUGACAGCCCAAGAAGGGCCCACACAGGACUCAGGGCAUGACUAAGGCAUUCCACGUUGUUGUGGGAUAAUGAUAGUUGUGCCCAUCUCAGACCUUAGUGUCGUCCAUGCCUUAGGAUGAACUGUGCAGCCAUGUUCUGUUUUCCCCUGUUGGUAAUGCUAAGGGGACUCAAAUUACCAAGAGCAAGCGUGGUUUCAUAAGCGUGCAAGCCAGGUAUGGGAGAAAACGAAAUAUGGAUUAUGACAGCUAUGUCUGCAUGUAAUUUGCUUCUUGCCAAUUCCUAGUUGACAACCCAGUUGGUCAUUUAGUAAAGAUAUUGACUUUAAAGGCAUAUUUUCAUUAGGUGGUAAAAUGUUUGCCAUUAGAUUUUUUACAUUUCUCUCAAAAAAGAUAUUGUAUGUUAUGCCCCAGAAUUGUUCUAAUGGAACACUUCUCAGAAGAAAAAUCAACAUUUUUUUCCUUAUGGACCAGUAAUUUCUGGCUUCAGUCUCUAAAUAGCUUGAAAAGUCCAUUUAGUAUUGGAGUACUGCAUAUGCUGCACUGGAUGCUUUGUUUCUACAAACCCACAUCCAUUUUUAUUAAUUAGUUCAAAAUAAUCAUGAUAACUAUUGGAUUGAACAUACGUAAGUGCCCACCUAGACAGCCUUUUCAUCCUAGUUACUAAUUUAUUAAAGUUCUGUGGAAAAACAGUCCACCAUCAGAUGUACAUAAAGAAAUAAUUGUUGUACUUGGCCUUAUAAUAUAUAUAUAUAUUAUGCUAUGAAGUCAUUAAAAUGAUAUUCUGCCAAUUAAACCAGUUAAACUUGUAUGGCUCCAUAUCUGUCUAUUAGUAAAACUAUACACAACUUUCUUUUUGCUCUUAAAUUAAUUUGUUCAAGCUUGGGAUACCUCUCAUAGUGGUUAAGUUAUUGCAUUUCUGCAUUUACCCACAUGCAUUAAAAGUGCAGGCAUGAAUGUUCAUCUUUUGAUUUUACAAUCUCUAUUAUUCUGUAAAAACAACUGUUAGCUCUAUGGGGAAGUCAAAUGCUUAAAACAUUUCAACAGAAUUAAAUGUAGGAUUUAGCAUUUACUUUUUUUGUUGCAUUAUGCCCUCUGUGACAUUUGUCACCAAAAGGGAUCUGGUAGUUUGUUAGGAUAGGACUGACCAAUCAAAUACUUGGCACAGUUCAUCAUUCAUCCACGUUUGGUAACUAUCAAUGGAAGGUUAAAUAUUAUUAUCAACCUUUCUAUAGAUCAAUCUGUUACUCCUCAUCAGAAAUGUCUAAACCCAAAUUUAUGGAAAAGGCUAUACUCACUCACCUCACCUGCAUAAAUAUGUAUGAAGAUCUAAUGCAUACUUUUUCAAUGAAUUGAAUGUACUGUAUACAUUCUCACAAUAUGAGAAUUCUCAAUACAGUUGAAAUUGUAUUUUUUGAUAACCUAAAACUAACUUGGUUAAUCACGUCUUCAAAUGAAUCACAUUUCAAAAUCUGUUACACUGAUACACAAAAUUGUCAGUGCAAGUAACUCAUGCAGUAGAUAUGUUUGGCAGAAUAACAUUUUAUCAGGAAUGCUCAGAGGCCAGAGCUUAGAUUUCAGUUCUGCUUCUAGCCUCUCUAGUGCUCUUAGGGGUUUAACCCAGUACAAGUUCACUGAAAGCCAAAGAGUGCCUGUGGUGGCAGCUGAAUGCUGACGGCAUGCCCUUAAUUAAACAUUUAAUCAUAGACAAUGUGUUGGACACCCAUGAACAGAUUCAGGAGAAACGUAUGCGUGUCUUGGUGGGCCGUGGUGAAUGUUGGUUUUCCAGCCACACACAUCACACUUGUGGCAGUGUUGGAAAGUAAAUAAGCAAUAACAACACAGGUCAGUCGUAGAUUAGGUAUUUAUUAAGGCGGGUUAAAUGUGUUUCUGGGACCGGGGCCAUUUGCCUGAUUGUUUAAACAUUCCCUCCCAGGUUGUGUUAUCACUUUACUGAUACUGGUGGCAGAGUUUUAGUUGAAUGAGAUUAUUCAACAUUAGCCAAGCUAAAUGUGUUUGUGUUACAUGGCUGUAUAAGAGAGAGAGAGAGAGUGCUGUCCAACAAUCAGAACAGGACAAACCAAUCAAGACCCAAAAUUAAGUGGCUACCCAGUAAAAAGAUGGAAAUAUUUUAAGUAUUUGUUAGAAUAUGUGUUCUGUUGCUUUUGUGUUGUUUGUUUCAUUCUGUAAACAAUACACACCUCUGAGAGUGUGAGUUGUGGAGACUCUGUGUAGAUGACUUGAUACAACCUGAUUGUUCUGAUUUGAGAUGUACUGCUGUAGUCAUAUGAAUAAAGCAAACAUACAGCUGAA